GCUGAGUGUCUGCAGGAAGGUAUCACCACAGAGAUCCCCCUCUCCAGUGACAGCCACAUCGCUGUACUGGACUUCUUUCUUCAGAGACCUCAGGGAAUGCUAUGUGUGCUGGAUGAAGAGAGUCAGAGCUUACGGCCCUCGGAGCAGACCCUUUACAAGAGGCUUUCCGCCCAACUGGACUCCAGUUCAAUUUGUGGACUUUCUCUCACCACCAAGGAUGGCAACGGAAACCCCCCGCCCAAAGACCAGGGUCCAGCCUUCACUGUCAACCACUAUGCAGGACAGAUUUCAUAUGACCUCACUGGAUCUCUGACCAAAAACAAGGACUUCUUCCCUCAGAAUCUCCUGCUUACAAUGAAAACCAGUGACAACGUGUUACUGCAGCAGCUCUUCCAGUCCAAGCUGACUCAGACUGGUUCUCUGGUGCCAGCUGCCCAGGGCCGCAUUGGCCUGAGAGGGACUAAGGCGGCCUUGUUGCUCCAGAGGAUGCCAUCAGCCUUCCCUGUCAAUGCCACCUCUAUCCCCCAACAGCCCCGGAGGUACCAUGAUCUUACCAAGAUAUUGAAGAAAAAAGGCUCAAGUUCUUUCCUCCAACGAUUGGAGCGUUGUGGGCCAAUUACAGGGGCUGUCCAGCUGAGGAACUCGCUGUCAGAGAUUAUGAGUAAACUGCACACCCGCACUCCCCACUUUGUGGAGUGUGUGCGCCCCAACUCCAGUGGUCAGCCAGCCAGCUUCGACAGCUUCCACGUCUCUACCCAGCUGCAAUACAUCGGAGUGCUUGAUAUGGUGCGCGUGAUUCGCUAUGGAUACCCCAUCCGCCUGUCAUUCUCAGCGUUCCUCAGCAGAUACAAGGACCUCAUAGCCCCAACUUUGGGAGACAAGAAGAAGUUGUCGGCAGAGGAGAAGUGUCGUUCCGUCCUGCAGCAGUCCAAACUCCAAGGAUGGCAGAUGGGCAAUAGUAAAGUGUUCCUGAGAUACUGGCAGGCUGACCAGCUCAAUGACCGUUGCUACCAGCUUCACAAAAAGAUCAUCACCUGUCAGAAAGUGAUUCGUGGCUGGCUGGCCAGGCAACAGGUCAGUCACAGGCUGUCGCUGCAGCACAAAGAGGAGUGCAGCGCGCAGCGUUUCCUGCAGGGAGCCGAAGACAUGGGGCUACGGACCUACGACCAGCUGGUAAUACAAAAUGCAUCUGACAUUGCACGGGAGAGUGACCGUCUGCGCUGCCAUGGCAAUGGCCAGCUCAACACCCGCAGUAGCAGCCCACCGCUUGGUGAAAGGCCCGAGCCAGUGGGCAAAGAGGAGGAUCAGCCAGUCAGGAGGAUGGUGGAGAAGAGCGGAAAAGUCCAUGAGGGUCACAUCAACGGGGGAAGCAGAAUUAUUCGCCACUUUCGUUCUAGCUCUGUGCCCAUUCCCCUCGCUGUGGACAGUCUGGUCCAUUUCUCUACUAGUCCACCAAUCAAACCAGCCUUUCAGCAGGCAGCUCAGAACAGUGAGGACGGACCAGGGAACGGGAGUCUUUCCUCUCCUCGCAAGCAACCUCCUCCCAAACCAAAGAGGGACCCCAACACCCGCCUCAGUGCAUCUUAUGAAGCUGUUAGCGCAGGGUUGACGAUGGCUCCCAAAGAAAGCUGUAAUCUAGAGGGGUCCGGUUCACCGGCUGGAAGUCCGCCUAAGUCUCAGCUGUCCCCCAGUGACCCAACAGCCAAGCCUCGUCCCCACAGUGAUGACUACACAACCAUGAGAAAGGUACCGCCGCCCAAACCCAAGCGCAGCCCUAACACUAAGCUGACAGGCUCAUACGAGGAGAUUAAUGCUGUGGCACCCCAGCUCCAUCAACUGCGCCCUGCUGAUGUAAAGAUGGCCCUGCUUUCUCGUGGUGGGGGGUUUGGAGGAUUUGGAGGCCUGAUGCAGAGAGCAGCCUCUUUAGAUGCUCCAAAAGGGGUCCCACUCAGCUUAUAUAAGGGCCAAGAUGAAGAGGAUGUAUACAUAGAAAUGUUAGGAUCUCAGCCACGGACUCGGAGCCUCCAGGAACCUCCUGACAGCCCAGACCUGGUCGACUCAGAAGCCGUCUAUGAGGAGAUGAAGUAUCUCCCAGCUGAAGGUGCUGGAGUUCCUGCUCCUGCAAUCACCAAGGCAGCCAAGCUGCAAACCCUCACCUUGGGCCUGAUCGGACUGGGGUUGUCUCCUCCAAAAAGCGGGGAGAGCAAGCAAACACCAGCGAGUGCCACUGCCGUUAUGGAUGUUGCUCACACACAGAGCCUCUCGAGCAGUGGCACUCCCAAGGCUCAGCUAGGCAAAGAUGGCAGCUGCGAUAUCCCCGCUCCCUUCCCCAACUUGCUCCCUCACCGCCCCCCUCUCCUGGUGUUUCCCCCCUCCCCUGUUACCUGCUCUCCUGCUUCAGAUGAGUCACCCCUCACCCCCUUGGAGGUCAAGAAGCUGCCGGUGUUUGAGACGAACCUGAACUAUGCCACCGGCCCAGACAGCCCUCUGUCCCCACAGUUUUCACGCCAGAGGGCUGAUUCUUCACCUAGUCUUACUGUCCUCAUGCCAGAAAAGAAGUCUACCCCUCCACUCACCCCUCCACCUCCCCCUCCUCCCCCAAGCGCGCCACCUCCUCCCUACAGACCACCCUCACACUUCCCCUUCCCACCCGAGGCCAACUUCCUGGCUCUGACUCGUGCAGCAUCUGUCACUGGAAGCUCAGACUCCCCCAAAAGCUCCUCACAAAGGGCAGGUGUGGAGCCACUGGGGAAGCCGCCUCCCUACUCUCCUGGGAAGAUGUCCCGACCUGAGCCACGGAGGGCGCACUCAUGCUCAUCGUCACCUCUGCUCUUUAACCCAGCCAAUGGCAGACCCCUGACCAGCCCCUUAGAUGAGCUCAACACACUAUUCAGCUCAGGACGCAGCCUGCUGAGGAAGUCGACACCUGGUCGCAAAAUCAGAGAUGGAGGAUUCAAUUCUAACAUCAAUCUGCCAGGGAGGGAAGAAAGUGGCUCUGCGCCCACCUCUCCAUCUCUGCAGCUGCAAGACAAGAACGCCAACAACCACUCUCUCCACUCCCCGAGCCCUGUCCCUGUGGAGAACGGCAACCAGAUAUCUAAUGGCUCAUUAGAGGAUGAGAGUCACACCAAGUCAAACUCCAGCACCCCCUCCCUCCACAGACAUUUGGACAGCCAUCAUACUCAGAGGGGGCAUCUCAACUUUUCCCCAUUUGGUGCAGGGGCUGCCCUCUAAAAGAGAGAGGGGAUCAGGGGGGCUCACUGGAAACACUUUCCAUAUAUAGGGAUGUGCUGCUCCAGCGACUACGUCUGACCAACAGAGAUGAGAGCGCCGCUCUCAGGGAGCUUCUGCGCUGGCGGCAAGUGCAGUGUGAGGGGCG